AUGUCGAAGCCCGAAGUCGUAGAGGUGGAAUCCCACAUUAGCCCACCAGCAAAGAAGAGCUUCGGUGCACGUUUCGUUGCCCAUUACAAGAAAUGGUGGUGGGCUCACUUGAUUGUGUUCAUUGCCGUUUUCCUACUGAUCUUCCUGCCCGUUACCUACGUCGCCUACCCCAAGAUCGCCCAAGAUGGAAUCAACGACUCGACCCUCGAAAUCAAGGAGAUGAUCAUCACUAACCCAACACCUGAAGCCUUCACCCUCGAGCAGACCCAAGUCAUCGGCUCAGACAGCCCCUGGCACCCCAAGAUCUUCGAGUUCGAUUCCGACGUCUCCCUGGCCGGCGCCGAGAAGCCUUUCUCCCGCGUCACCGUUCCUUCCGUGCAGUCCAAGGAUGGCGCCGAGAUCCACUUCAAGCAGACCGUUGCUCUAACCGACGCCAAGGCGUUCGAGGAUUACACCACCGCCGUGAUGUUGAACGAGGAGAUUUCCUUGAAUAUCUUCGGAAAGCCCGAUUUGAAGCAGGGUGGUCUUCCCACUACUCAGGUUACUUAUAACAAGACCGUUGCUAUGAAGGGUCUGAAUGGAUUGAAGGGCUUUGACGUCCCCGAGUUCUUCAUCGUUUACCCACCCAAGAACAAAAUCGGAAUGAACGGAACCGCCAUCCUCCCCAAUCCCUCCGUCAUGACCAUCACAAUGGGCAACGUAACCCUCGACCUCUCGCUUGCCGGAAAACACAUUGGACAAACCUACCUAAAUAACCUCGUCCUCAAGCCCGGCAUGAACGAGGUCCCAAUGCUCGGCGAAGUCGACCAAGGAUACAUCAUCAGUCUGCUGAUGUCAAAGAAGAACCCCUACAAAGAUGGAAUUCUUCCCUUCGACAUCUCCGGAAACUCGACUAAAUACAACGGCAAGGAACUGCCGUACUUCACUGCGGCGCUGGCGGCCAAUAAGUUGUCCAUUAAGUUGGAUGUUAAGUCUGCGCUCAAGGUUGCCGGUGUUGAUCUUGAUAAGAUGAAGUCGUCUUAA